AUGGCCGAGGCCUGCGCAAGGUCUCGUGUUCAGGUGGAGGAGCAUCCGGUGUACGACCUCCCGAAGGAGUGGAAGACGCUGGUGUCGACGCUCUGCCUCAGGACGAACUUCGAGCCCGCGGAGCUGGCGGACCUCUUCCAGAGGUUUAGGCAGCUGGCGGGAACGAAGGAGUACCUCACCGCGGGAGAGUUCCGCCGCACGGUGCGGCGUAACUUUGGCAUCAUGAACGAGGAGUGGGUCAAGAAAUAUUUCAAGGCGUUCGAUCGGAAUCACAGUGGUACCAUCGAUUUCCAGGAGUACGUUAUGGGAUUCGCCGGGAUGGCGAGGGUGCUGACCGAUAAAAAGGCGCACUCGUUAAUAGGUCUCUCCACCGGCUCCAAUAUCGUACGGUCGGGGAGAAGCGCCCGUCUGUUCUGGGAUGGCCCCCCUCGACGAGUGGCGGUGAUUAAGAAGUGGAAGGACCCCGUGGUGGCGGCGAAGACAGAAAAGCUGGUACACUGGCUGCAAUCGCAAGGUUUGACGGUCUUGGUGGACCCAACCGAGGAUAACGAGCUGGGGGACGACGGGGAGGCGAUAGGUCCCGUGUUCAUGCCGGAGGUGGGGAGGUUCGACCCCGGACACCUGGCGACGCAGACGGACUUCAUCAUCUGCCUCGGGGGGGAUGGCACGGUUUUGAAAGCGGCGCAAUAUUUCGACGAUUCGACACCUAUUCCGCCGACUCUCGCUUUCGGUCUGGGAUCUUUGGGGUUUCUGGCCCCCUUCAACCCGUCGCAGUGCCAAUCCAUGAUCAAAAGGGUUUUGGAUGCGUUCCGGCGGCCAAUCUCCGUCACCCUGAGGACACGGCUGCGGGGAGAGGUGUACAGCAGAGAAGGGCAGCUGGAGAGGGUGUUCUACUCCCUCAACGAGUUUAUCGUCAACAGAGGCAUCUCUGGGGUGCUUAGCACGCUUGAAGUGUUCGUCGACGGCGAGCUUGUAACGACGGCCCAGGGUGACGGUCUGAUCGUGGCAUCUCCCUCGGGCUCGACGGCGUAUAACAUUUCCGUGGGGGGUUGUAUGGUCUCCCCGCUCGUACCGGCGACGCUCAUCACGCCGAUCGCGCCGCACUCCUUGUCCUUCCGCCCCAUCCUGACCUCGGCGUCUUCGGAGAUCACGGUGCGCAUUCCGGAUACGGCCCGCGCAGACGGGUGGAUGUGUCACGACGCGACCGAAGCGGUGGUGAUGAAGAAGGGAACCUUCGUUAAGCUAUCCACGGCUUCUAUUCCUUUGCCCACGGUCAACCAGCGAGAGCUCGACGGGGACUGGUUCCAAAGCAUCCGCGACAAGCUGAACUGGAACCUCCGGACCCUUCAAACCCCGUAUCACGAGCACCAGUCUUCGGACCUAGUCGAGGACCAGUCCACGCACCGCUCCUCGUCAUCCGCCGCGGCAAACCCGCCCCCCACUCGCUUCUUCACACUACCGACUUCUCGGGCGAAGGACGAGAGCGGUUCUUCGAAGGGAGACUCUCCGCCGAGUUCGCCAAUAUAGAUCCACCAUCCCCGGGCUUGCUUGCUUGUGUGUGUGUGUUUUCGUGGUUGUGCCGGGGCGUCACUAGCUGGCAGUCAGGUCGCGGACAAGUACGCUUAUUCCCGUUGGGAGGCCUGCACCCGAUUGCCGUGCGUGAUCUGCCGCAGUCUCAUGCCCCUUUGUGUCUUGCGGCUUCCGCCUGUUCGGGCUUUCGUCGGCGGGAGAAGUAAUAGCUCUGCGUACAAGAGUGUUGUUGUGACUUUCUGCCGCUGCGAGGAGGAGAAGCAAACAAGGAGAGCGAGGGUGGGGUAGACAUGCGAUUCGUUCGUAUUUCAAGUAACGAUUCUGGCACAUACGGCAGUAGUGUGGCUAGGGUGCAGGUAUCGUCAAUUUUUGGG